AUGAGUGAAUCAACAAAUAAUCCAAAUGAAAAAACAUAUAAAAUCAAUCUAGUUAAAGGUACAAAGAAAUGGAAUAUAGCAAAAUUUUCAAAUAAGAUUGAUUUAUCAAGCUUUUCAAAGCCUGUAAGAAUGUAUAAAUUCAAUCCAAUAGCAAAUAUGAUAAAUAAUGAAAGUAAUAAUUUUGGUCAACCAACAACAAGUACCUAUACAAAUAAUCAUUACAGUUAUAAGAAUAUUCAACCAACAAUGACAUCAGCCCCUAAUGGUACAAAUUCAACUGGUACUACACCAAAUACUACAACCACUACCACAACCACUACUACAACAACUACAACAACUACAACUGCAGCAGGAACACCAGGCGCACCAAAUCCUGCCGCAGCAACUCAACCAUUUGUAAGAAAGAAAAGAUAUGAAGCAAAACCAGUUAAUCCAAAAACUAUCCCUUGGAAAUUAGAAGAUAGUGAAGGUAAUAAUACAUAUCAAGGUAAUGUUGAAGGUAAUCAGGCCUCUUCAAAUUACUUUUUAUUUAUGUUUCAAAGUGAUGGUUCAAUUAAAGCUGUACCAUGUAAUGAUUGGUAUAAUUUUAGACCAAAAAAAGAAUUUCAAUCUUUAACAACUGAAGAAGCUGAAGAUUUUAUGAAAAAAAAGAAUCAAGAAUGGGAUGUUUUUACAUCUAGAUUACAAAAGAAAACUGAUCCAUCAGGUAGUGGAAGUGGUGGUAGUGAAUCAAGUGGUAAAAAGAGUAUUGAAGAAUUAGAAGAAGCAGAACAUAGAAAUAGAAAUGAAGAUCCAAAUAGAUAUAAAACAACCAAUGAAGAGAAAAAGAAAAAGAAAGCACCUGCAAGAAGAAGAGAGAGAGAGGAUGAAGGUAAUGGUGAAGAUGGUGAUGCACCAGAUUUUGAGAGUAAAUUCGAUGAUGACGAUGAUGAUACCUAUAUGGAUGGUGAUGGUUUAACAGGUGAAGAUGAAAAUCAAAUUGAAGAGGAUGAAGAAGAGGAAGACGUUGAUUUAACAGAAGGUGGUUUAGAAAUGAAAAAAAUGAUUAAAAAACAACAACAACAAAAUGAUUCAGAGGAUGAUCUUGCUGAUGAUGACGAUAAAAAAGAUAACAAUGGUGGUACUGGUGGUGGUGAUGAUGAGGAUGAUGAUGAAGAUGAUGAAGAUCCAGAUCAAGAUGAUCUUUCAAAUCUUCCAAAAGUAUUUGGAAAAUCCAAUGCAGAUGGUACAACCAAUUCUUCGGUUAAAAAGGAGGAUGACGGUGGUAAAGAUUCAAAAUCCUCUAAAAAGAGUAAGAAAAAGGAUAAAGAUAGCUCACCAAAAUCAAAGGAAAAGAAAUCUAAAAAGAAUAAAUCCGAUUCAUCAGUCGAUAAUAGAGAAUCUAAAAAGAUUAAAAAAGAACCAUCUUCACCUCAAGCAGUCCAGCCAAAUUCUCCAUCACAACAACAACAACAACAACAACAAAAUAUCGAUCCAAAUGAUCCUCCAUUCACUGAAGAAUAUAUUAAAAUCGUCUUACAAAAAAGUAAAAAGGUUAAAUCCUUAGAUUUAAUCAAUAUCUUUAAAGGUCCACUAAAAAAUCCAGAUAACAAACCAAUUUUCCUUGCAAUGGUUCAUAAUGUUGCUCGUGUUGUUGAAGAAAAUGGUGUAAAAUAUUUAAUUCCAAAAUAA